AUGCGGACAUCGGACGGAGACGAUAUGGACUACGAAGAAGCGGGAUUCCAUGGAAAGGAGGUUGUUGUUGAGUAUGCAAGGAAAUGUGGCCAUAGACAUGGGACUGUUGUGGUUGUUAAAAGAUUAGACAUGAACAAUCUGAUGAGAACCCCUAUGAUUUUAUUUGGUUGUGAGAGGAGUGGUGGAUACGUGGCAAAAUGCAAGUCAAAUAAGAGGAGAUCAACAACAAAGAAAUGUGGAUGCCCAUUUUCCUUGAAAGCUUAUGUAUUAGAUACAAUCUCUGGGUUAUGGAGCUUGGUUGUUUUGAAUAGGAAGCACAAUCAUGCUUUGGUUAAAGCUUUUGAAGGUCAUUCAUAUGUUGGGAGGCUAAGUACAGAAGAGAAGGAGAUAGUAGAGAGGCUAAGCAAAUCAGGGGUGAAGACGAGAAAUACUGAAUCAUGUCAAGCUCAAAGAUCCAACAAAUGCAUCAACUAUGAAUGA